CACGCCAACUCAUUCCCUUUUGAAAGGUGAUCGACGUUAUACGUAUGAGAUAGUUCUUUUUUGUGCCUGAACUUCGAUGGGGGCGGAGAGCAGUGCCUUGCAAGACAGCGAAAUCGGCGAAUUAGUUCCCCAAGCGGGUAACGUAAACUGGGAUCUCCAUGAUGCCAUCAGUGGUGACGGCCAAGACGUGUCUAUAUUUGUUUACAAGAAAAGGGAGAAGAGAGACUUGGACCUGUUAAAACUUAAUUCACAGCACUUGAAAACUCUGCGACAUCCACACAUUCUGCGUUAUGUGGCAUCAGGACAGAACUCAGAUGGCUCAUAUCUGAUGACAGAGAGAGUUGUGCCCCUUGAUGCAGUGCUCUCCUCUCUGACCUUUGAAGAGGUCGUCUCUGGCUUACGUGACAUAUUGGAAGCUCUUAUAUUCCUUCAUGAUACAGUUAAGGUCUGCCACAACAACAUCAGCCUUGCUGCGGUUUUUGUGAGCCAAGAUGGCCGCUGGAGGCUGGGUGGGUUUGAACAUGCGUGUCUCUUCAAGGAUGCCACCCGGGAGUUUCUCGAUUUACACCUGGCAUACAGGUGUGAAAAUGCUAUUGCCCCUGAAGAAAAGGAGAGCUCAUUCAAGGCUCAAACCCAGCAAGGACAUUCUCGAGAUGUUUAUGCUUUUGGAGUCCUUGCUGACUUUAUGCUAGAGUUAUUGGGGGACGUAGGUAGUGCCACGAAGACGUUUGAGUUGAUUAUUCAGGACGAAUGCCUGAGCCCAGAUCCCGGCUCACGACCACAUCUAAGGAGUUUGAUUGAUAACAGCCUGUUCAGAAAUGACUUCAUUGAAAUUCAAGCAUUUCUGAAACAUAUUCCACUGAAGUCAAAACAGGAGAAAGAGGAUUUCUUCAGAUCUGUCAUCCCAAAGCUUCUUGGGUUGCCAGAGCAACUGGUUGCCAGACGACUGGUGAAGCCACUUUUGUCUCGGUUCGUUCUGUUGGAUAAAUCUGCCACAGCGUACAUGGUACCCCAUCUUUUGACCCCUUGUAGAGCUGAAGCACGACCGACCAUUUGCAAGAAAGGGGAGAUAACUCCAGUGUUGACGGAGCAGGUCUUCAAAUCUCACGUGAUUCCAGAAGUGUUCAAGAUAUUUCAUGUUCACGACACACACAUUCGGAUGGUUCUCCUGAACAACUUUGGUUCGUUUGUCAGCGCGUUUGACAGGACGCAUCUAAAGACCUCCAUUAUGCCACAGAUCCUAUUGGGUGUGGCGGAUUCUGAUGACCAACUUGUGGCGGCCAGUCUGCGCGCCUUAGCAGACCUCGUCCUCGUGCUGGGAGGAGAGACUGUGAUUGGGGGACGCAGUAAACAUAUCUUCACAGCAGGCACACCAAAGGAAAUUAAUGAGAGGCUGAAAGAUCUAACGGACCUGAAGAGUGUGAGCAAAACAUUGAGCAAAAAGGUUCUGCUGAAGGACUUGGCUACUGGGGGCUUGAGUAAAAAUGGCAAUCUCAACAGAAUGAACAGUAUCCAUGGCGAUGACCUUGAGGACGAGAAACGCAGGCGUGACCGGGAACAAAAGCAAGAGGAAGCUCGUCUGAGGCGAGAGGAGAAACGGCGGCUUCUGAAGGAGAAAAAAUUAUUAAGGGAGAUAACUGCCAAAAAACAAGAAAACAAAAUUGUCCAGGGCUGGAAUGAUGAUGAAGAAGGGUUGAACAAAAAUGAACUUAAAGAAAAUCGUACUUCCCUGUCACAUGAAAGAAGAGGUUCACAAGGGGAGGUAACUGAUGACGACUCUGAAGUUGAUGGAGAGUGGGAGUCCUGGGAUGAUAUGACUGGGAAAAGAAGUAACAAUGGUGACAGCGAUGGAAAUAUUAGUGAUCAGAUUGAAAACGAACUAAAAAAAAUGCCAUCAACAAUUUCACCGAAAUCUCCAAAAAGCCCAGGUGAUAAAGAAACCUCCCCAGUUGGGUCUGUGAAAAGUGCUUCAAGUGAUACAAAAUUUGAUUGGUCGAGAAAUAGUCAACAUAGUGAGGAUUUGUGGGAGAAUGACGAUAAUCAAGAAAAGACAUCAUCAAGGCAGAUGAAAAGUCGAGUUUUACGCCUUGGAUCCGCAGGCAGAAAAAAUUCAAGUGGCAAAAACGCAGGUGACGGUAGUCAUGAUCUGUCAGUUAGCUCAGACUCGUUCAGAAAAAACAGCAGCUUAAAACUGGGUUCAUCCAGAAAGAACAAGUUGAAAUCAACCCCACCCAAACCUUCGAGACCACUUGGGGCAGAGUUUGACAUUAUGGAAAUUGAAGUGAAAAAGAAAGUGGUCACUGUGGAAGCAGAGCCAGACUUUUUUUCUGAUAUGAUUCCCGAAAUCAAGACUCCAGUUAAAGCUGAUGUUCGUUUACCCAACACGUCACAUUCCAAGGGAAGCCCUGUGGCUAGUAAGGCAUCACCGGUGGCGAAACCUUCUUUGUCGUUCGCAGUGACACAAGACUCCGUAACAGAGCCGGAUGGUUGGGGUGAUGAAGAAUUGAACUGGGACUGGGAAUCAACAGAACAAUAAUACAGACUAAAAGUAAUAAAAUGUUGCUAUGGUAAUGGACACAUUUCUAUGUAAAGGGGGUAAUGCUUAUGGUACAACUGCACAAUUUAAUUAAAAUCGUGGAAGAAGAACACCCAAGUUUAAAUAGUAUGUUUACCACUUUGGUAACAACUGAAAACAAUGGACCAUGUGUAACAUGGGUAAGGUUCUGACUGGGAAUCAGCCAGAUGUGGUUCUGCCAUUUUCCCUUAGUCCUCAAUGUAAAGAACUGAAGUACCCUAAAGGACCAAAAAUUUCGCCCACAAAAGUGUUUUUUUUUUGAGGCAGAUAAAUGUUACAAAAUAUUAUUUUUGGCACUGAAACUUGUGUCUAACCAGUAGAAUAUCACCCCAUGUUCCAAGCAAACCUCGAAACACAUUUCUAAAAUCAGUAGAACUCUCAGAAUCAGGAAAAAUGAGCAUGUUUAGUCAUGGACGAAAUUUAUGGUCAUUUAGGGAACUUCUGCUGCAGCUGCUAAAGUGUGUGAAUUCUUCCGUAUCAAAAGACAAGGGCAGUUCACAGUUAAAAUUCUUGUCUUUCAGUCACUAGGACACAAGACUUUUGUUCGCUUUCUUAGUGGCAAACUUUUUCCAGUAGCUUGCCCAUAUAUGCACUAUUUUGGUGGAAGACAAAUGAUCCUCGUUAAAGAGAUACAGAAUCGACUCUGAUUGGCGGCUUUGAGAGAUAGGCAAGUCCAGGCCUUGAAUUUUUGGGUAUGGUAUAUUUGUUCAUGUGCGACCAAGGCUGCAAUAUUUAACCCAGGAAAACCCAGAUUCCUCGUUCAAGGCCUUGUAGUGAUUAUAUAGUCUGAUAUUUAUUUCGCAUUCGAUUUAAAAUCACGUCUAGUCAUAGUAGCUGUUGCAGAACUAUUCAUUUUGACCACAACGCUUUAACAGGUGCCAAUCCCUGAUCGCCCACCUUUUGUUGACCUUUAGCUGACCUAGUCUUGUAACCCAUACUUAGUGAAAAAGUACUACCGUCUCGUUUGCCAGUUGACUUUUCUUUAUCCAUGUACUUCUUUUUAUUUGCUUGGGUUUGAAACUGCCCCUAUUUCCUGUGAUACUGUAAAGUUUGUAAUUCGACUCAUCAAUCGAGUGGUAAUAGUGAUCGUCAGUACGACGAUAAUAAAAGUGAAUUGAAAAGCAGACAUGUCAAUGUAAAGUUCCAAAGCAAAGUGUAUGGACAAUGCAGGGAAGCGAGGGAAGAUGCAAACGGCUUUUUUUUACCCAGUGUAGUAUAAAUUUCUCUAGACUAUCCAGGAAAAUAUUUGAGUAUUUGACCUUGAACAACAAACAAAUGGAACGAGUAAAUACGGUUACUUGACUUACCACGCGAUCUUUCUUGGGUUGGCUUCACCAAUGACUGGUAUCAUUGUCCUAGGCCUAAAUAAUAAUGUUUUUCGUUGUUAAAGUUUUUGUCAGCUCAUACUGGCUUCCUCUCCGGCCGUACGUGGGAAGGUCUGUCAGCUACCUACGGAUGGUCGUGGAUUUCCCCCUUGCUUUGUCCGGUUUCCUCGCACCAUAAUGCUGUUGUAUAAGUGAAAUAUUCCUGCAUACGGUGAAAAAUACCAAUAAAAUAAAUAAAUAAAUAAGUUUUUGUCAUAGGUGCUUUGUCAUAAAGGCUAUUUCUUAGCCUAUAUUUUGAAUUGGUGUGUGAAGAAAACUCUCAGUCUGGUUCCUUAAGAUCAGCGUUCAAGUUAUGAUAUAAGUAAACAUUCCCUUUAUUUAUAUGUAGUUACAUAUCAUGUAUGAUUUUCCCAAGUUCAGGAAACUAUGUAUUAAUAUUGAAACCUAUGUAAACACUAAAUGCACAGUAUACACAAUCGUGUAUUGUACUGAGCCUAUGAUGGAAUGAUAGCCUGGCAAAGAGUUUAUGUAUGUACUUAAAUACAUAUCUAUACAUUUUCAGAUUUUAUUUAUGCUCUUUACAGCGCAUGCGCCGGUCUCUACGUUCAAUAUACAUCACUGCCACCACUAAACUAAUAAAUUUUAUUCAGAAAUCUUGCGCAACGCUAAAGACACUGGGCCUCGGUGGUCAAGGCCAGUGGGCCUCGGUGAUGAGGCAGGAGAUGUCCGAAAAAAUGCUCUGUCUCAACCGUUGUUUAUACUUCAUACACAUACAUUCUCUGUGUCUAAAGUAUAUGAUUCUAAGGGACACCUGAAACAGUUUUAUCGACGAAUGCUGAGUAUAGGUCGGCGGGAGGAUACUGGCGAUGAGGCUAAGCCUAAACAGACUUCAAAGACGAAGCUUGUCCAGUGGUAUCAGCGUUGUAAAGAGAUCGUAGAGCUGCCGAUGUGAUGUAAGCAAUAUGGUUUUUAGCGGUAAUUGAUAAUUGGAUAUCCUCAAGUGUUAUCCCCUGUAUAUGCAUUUUAUUAAAAGCAAUUUCAAUUGUGAUGCGAAGGAAAUUUUCUUGUAAUCUGUAUAAAUAUGCAUAGCUAUAGUAAAUAAUAAUGGCAGUAAAUUCUAUCAAAACUAAAGUGUACAUACAUUAACAUAUGUCCACUGUUAAUAAUGUGAGCAUUAUUCUGUGUACAGCUUAAACUUUGUAAGCUGUGGACAGUAUAAGGAAUGUGAACAUUAUGUGUACAACAUUGAUAAUGUCAGCCACGGGCUCUGCCCGGUUUCCUCCGACCAUAAUGCUGGCCGCCGUGGUAUAAGUGAAAUAUUCUUGGGAACGGCGUAAAACAUCAAUAAAAAUAAAUAAUAUAAAUAAAUAAUGUCAGCAUUAACAUGGGUACAACAUUAACAAUAUGAACAUUGACAUAUGUAUGCCAUUAACAAUAUACACACUGACAUGUAUGCCAUUAA